GCCGCCAGCCGCGAAUGGCGAAGGGCGGCGCACGACGGCAAGAGGGGGCCGCUGGGGGCCCUGCUGGCAGCCGGGGGCCGCCGCUGCGGCAGCGCGGCCGGGCGGCUGGAGACGGCGACGCUUUCGUUUCCGCCGGUCGGGCACCGGGCGACCAGAGGCGGUGCCAGGCGCGGACUUGGCGGCCGCCGCAGGAGCAGCACUUGCAGGGGCACCGUCGACCCCAGGGGCAUCGCUGUGUGGGCCGCCGCGGCGAGGUCAUCGAGAAAGAGCGACGCGUCGUCAGACGUGGCGCUCUCGUUCUUGUCGCGCAUACGCUCGAGCUAG